CUGUUAUAUUCAUGUUUUUAUGGUCAGCACUAGAAAUUAUAAGUCAGCGACUAGAAUAACCCUACUUGGCAUGGUCCUUGUUCCUUUUCCUUAGCCGUCACAUCUAUUUAUAAGACAACGCUCAUCCAAUCCAUAACACAGAAACCAACAGAACAGACCCAAAAAAAAAGUAACAUUAACAAUAAUAAGUGACACACGUGACAAUUACCGAGGUUGUUGCUGCCUUUAUCAAUUGAUUAUCGACGCCGUCACCACCUGGAAGCAUUCUUACUUGGAGCUCGUCCAUACGACAUCUGGAAUAUCGCCAUGGCCGCAGGCAAAGCAGGCGGGGUUUCUGCUUCUUUCUCCGAAGCUACCAAGGUUGAGCAGCUGGACUCUCACACAUACCGAGUCAAUCUCGACAAGGCCUUCUGUAUUGGCGCAGUCCCGAAUGGUGGCUACACAUCGGCAUGCAUGCUCGCAGCAGCUAGCAAACACCUCGGGCCCCGCGGUCAGCCCGACACGCUGACCGCACAUUUCGAGUAUCCAAACCGGACAUCGACCGGGCCUGCCAUUAUCAUAAUCGAGGAUGUCAAGCUUGGCCGCCAACUAUCCACCCUCCACCUAACGCUCUAUCAAGGCGGCCUUCUCUCUCAAGCGCCAUGGAUCGACCGCGCCGUGUCCCGCCGCAUUAUACUCGCCUACACCACCCACACAAACCUACGCACAUUCUCCGGUAUUUCAAUGCCUACAGGCUACGAAGUAACUCCCGCAGCCGAACUCCCAUCCGUAUCUGACUUUGAAGCUCUAAAGACCAACGGCGCCGACGAUGUCUGGGAGGAAUCAAAACUUCCCAAGGCAUAUGUCAAUUUGAUGCCGUCGCUGGCCAACUGGCGCUUUUACAUCCCUAGCAAGGAACCGCUGAGCCCAGGGGUGCUGGAUAUGUGGAUCCGUCUGACGAGCGGCGAGCCCAUCACACAAGGCACGCUGGCGUAUGUGGUAGACUCAUUCCCGCACAACAUGCACACGUUCCUGGCGGCGCCGGCUCUGCGUGAGCUUCUGAAUGCGCCGCCUGAGCGGUCCAGCGAUGCUGAGGUAAAGGAUGUCCGGAAAAAAGAUCAGCAGCGCGCCGAAAUGUGGUUUCCGACUGUGGUGAUGAAUAUAGAGGCCAAGAUGGCUCUUCCGGAGGAAGGCACUGAGUGGUUAGCUGUUCGCGUGUCGUCGAAACAAAUCAAAGAUGGAAAGUUCGAUCUCGAGGUGCUUGUGCGGGAUGCGGAUGGUGAGCUGAUUGCGUUGAGCCAUCAUGUUGCGAUGAUUCUGAGCAUUGAACGGAAUACCAGUUCUUCCAAGGCUUCCUUGUAGACUGCUAACCAUUAUCCUUAUCGUUAAUAAAGAUUGGCUGGCAAAUCGUCCAAUUAAUGGCAUUUCUCUUUAAAAAGGAAAAAGAAAAGAAAAAGCUGCAAAAAGACGUGAAUCUGGAACCUAAGACCACAUAUAUUAACGUGUGUGAUAGAAAAUUUUGACCGUCAAAGUGUGGCCAACUGGCGUCGUGCAGGCAGCAGGCAGUAUGUCCGGGUGCCCCGGAAGAGUUUGAGGUUUAGAGGGGCUAUUUAUAGUGGGAUUGAGUUUUAGAGAGGACUUUUGUAUGCUAGUUUUAGUGCACCCCGGCCUCUUAAGCCGCCAGCGACCCUGAAAGAACCACUAAAACGGCUGUAUUGGGGUAUAAUGCAUAAAUCAAUCUAUAUUGAUGUGUGGAAUAUUACUCCUAAAACAAGUAUCAUACCUCUACCCCUUUUACACUAGAAUCAAAAGCUUAAUCCAGCCAGGCUACGAAUCAGAAGUUUACCUUCAUGAG